GAAAUAUGCGGGAAGAACGGUCGACACGCAGAAAUUCCGAGGGAGGAAACUAUAGUCAUGAAAGCGACAGAACGAACGAAUACGAUCAUAUUUUGGAGCUAUAAUUGCGAUCGCCAGAAACAGAGCUUUUUUUAGUCAACUUCCGAUAAAGUGAAAUCGAGUUCUCAAGUACUGAGCUGAAUUUCUUUGCGUUUGUUUAAUAACUCUGUAGUUUUCGAAUGAGAUACCCGAUCGUCGGCGGCGAUCGGAGAUGUUCUUCGGCGGUGGUACAGGAGACGGAUUUAGUAACAGAGGUGAUUGAGGGUGAGGCUGAUGAUUCUGAUGGUGAUUUGGACGGUUGGCCGAGUGAGUUCGUAGAGAUAGUGCUGUGUUGCUACGGUGGUACUUGUCGAUAAAGCUUUGAAGAAGGUUUUGUGAGGGCUGAUGAAGAAGGGGAAGGGAAGGAACCUCGGGCUUUUGCCUAACUCUCUGAAAAUUAUCUCGUCGUGCUUGAAGACGGUGUCUACAAAUGCCAGCACCGUUGCUUCGACGGUCCGCUCUGCCGGUGCCUCGGUUGCCGCUUCGAUUUCGGCAGCUUAUUCCGAGGAUGAGAAGGAUCAGGUAACUUGGGCUGGUUUUGACAUUCUGGAAGUCGAACCAUCUGUCAUAAGGCACGUUCUCCUACUUGGUUAUCUGAGUGGAUUUCAAGUACUUGACGUGGAGGAUGCUUCUAACUUCAAAGAACUUGUUUCAAAGCGUGGUGGCCCUGUUUCAUUCUUACAGAUGCAUCCUUCUCCAGCAAUGCCUGAUACUCCAGAAAAGCCUGAUAGUCAUGAUGUACUCAGAGGAUCACACCCUUUAUUGCUGAUUGUUGCAGGAGAAGAAAGUAAGGAAGUAGCUGUGGGACAAAACCAUGGUCCUAUAGGUGUCCACCGAAGUUGUGCCAACUCUCACAAUGCUGUUCAGUUUUACUCCCUCAAGUCUCACUCUUAUGUGCAUAUUUUGAGAUUCAGAUCUGCUGUUUGCAUGGUUAGAUGCAGUGCUCAGAUAGUAGCUGUGGGCCUGUCUACACAAAUAUAUUGCUUCGACGCAAUCACCCUUGAGAUUGUAUUUAGUGUUUUGACCUCUCCAGUUCCUGAGAUAUCAGGACAAGGAACCACUGGGAUUAAUGUUGGUUAUGGUCCCAUGGCUGUGGGUCCGAGGUGGUUAGCAUAUCCUGCUGUUGGCCCAUUACCAUCAACCACUGUUCCAUUAAGUUCACAAAGCCUAUGCCUCUCUCGGGGUGUUAAUCCCUCAUCUUUGCCAUGCAGUGAUAGGACAAAUGCUCAUUAUGCAGUGAAGUCUGGUAAGCCUGCAGCUGGAAUUGUCAGUUUGAGUGAUAUGGGAUAUAAAGCAUGGUUCAAGUACUGUCAAGAUCUGAAUCCUAACAAGUCUAAUUUAUUGAUUGAAUCAAAUUCAGGAAGGAAAGCGGGAAGACAUGCAGGAAUGGAAGCAGAUUAUCCUGGGAUGGUUGCUGUUAAAGAUUUUAUUACUCGGGCAAUUAUAACUCAGUUUAGAGCUCACACCAGCCCAUUGUCUGCACUAUGUUUUGAUCCUAGUGGGACACUUCUAGUGACUGCAUCGAUAUAUGGGAAUAACAUCAAUAUCUUCCGAAUCAUACUGAACUCGCACAGUGGAUCAAGUAGUCGAAGCUUUGACUUCAGCUCUUCUCACAUCCAUCUUUACAAACUGCACCGAGGAAUAACAUCAGCUAUGAUCCAGGAUAUUUGCUUUAGUAACUACAGUCAAUGGGUGGCAAUUGUUUCAUCCAAGGGGACGUGCCAUGUUUUUCUCUUGUCUCCUUUUGGUGGUGAAGCCGGAUUCAGAAUUCUUAAUUCUCAGGGCGAAGAACCGUGUCUGCUUCCAGUUCUAUCUUUACCCUGGUGGUCCACAUCAUCACUUAGUUUAAAUCAGCAACCUUUCCCACCUCCACCACCUGUUUCUCUGUCUGUUGUGAGUAGAAUUAAAUAUAGCAGCUUUGGAUGGCUAAAUACUGUAAACAAUUCAGCUGGUUCAGGAAAAGGUUUCGUGCCUUCUGGUGCUGUUGCUGCUAUUUUUCAUAAUACACUCUCUCACAAUAUUCAGCAUGUAAACUCAAAGUCCAACUCCUUGGAGCAUCUAUUGGUUUAUACUCCUUCAGGUCAUGUAGUUCAGCAUGAACUUCUGCCUUCUUUUGGUGCUGAACCAAGUCUCCACAGUUCAAGAACCGAAUCAAGUUCUUUCUUACAUAUGCAGGAAGAUGAUCUUAAAUUAAAAGUUGAGCCUAUUCAGUGGUGGGAUGCAUGUAGAAGAUCAGAUUAUUCAGAAAGAGGGGAAUGCAUUAUCGAAUCCACCUUUGACGGGCAAGAUGUAGCCAAAACCAAAACCAAAACGAUUCAGAAUGGAAGAACAAAUACUGAGGAAACGUAUGAUUUUGAUUUCCAGGAGUUGAAUGAUGGUUCUAGUGCACAAAAUGUUCUUAGAGUCAGAGGUCAAUCUGGUAUAUCUCAUGAGCAAUCCCACUGGUUUCUAUCAAAUGCAGAAUUACAAAUAAGCUCUGGAAGGUUACCAAUUUGGCAAAACUCAAAGAUUUACGUAAUGACUUCUCCGAGAAUCAGUAGUAUAGCUGGUGGAGAGUUCGAAAUCGAAAAAGUCCCAGUUCAAGAAAUUGAAGUCGCGGAGAAGGAACUGUUACCUUGUUUUGACCAUUGCCUCAGCCUCAAAUCUGACUGCAAUGACAGAGGGCUUGUUUUGGGAAGAUGUUCCAGUCCUACUUCUUCCGAGACGUACCAGUCCGUGGUCAAAGUUACUGAAGAAAUUGUCGUUAUUUGUCACUCCAAACCUGCAUCACUUAGCUCCACAGAGAGCUCAGAUGGGGGUUCAUCGAGAAGGAUGGAAAAUUUUAUUGAUUUUGAUCAAGCAAGCUGCGAGAAGUCUUGUACUCCCCUUUGUCAUCAUCUAAAUGAGAUGUAUUGGGAAAAAAGAGCAAGCGAGUCAUGCAUGGCUCCAAAAUCCCCAAAUAUUCUAUCUACUCAAGUUGAAGGUUCAAGGAUCGAUGGUUCCCCUUGUGACUUAUACUUCUCAAACAGCGAUUUCGAUUUCCCUUCCACUGAACAAGUUUCUUUGAACAAAGUUACUUUUGAACACACAUGCCAGGAGGAACCUUGCAAGGCAUUGGAGGAUAAUGAUGAUGAUGAUGGUUGCCAAGAUGUAAAUGAUGUUUCAACUGAUCAAGAGCCCGACCGUAGUAGCAAUAUUGAGUACGAAAACAUAUGUAGCGACGAGAAUGACAAAAUAUUUGGUGACAUGGUCACCUCUUCUGAAGAAGGUUGA